AUGAUGGAAGAAAAACGUAGUCGGACUGCUAUAAAGAGAAAUCUACAUGACAUCCAAACUAAAUUUAAAGAAGUAGUAGCCUACAAUGACCAGCUCGAAAAGUAUCUUGAAGGAGAUGAAGAAAUACUCGCGGACAUGUAUAUCCUCACUGACUUAACAGUCGACGUAAAUUGCAUAACUGGCAUGGUACAGGAACAUCUACAAGACCGAACCGGUGAGACCUCGACAUACAUUGGUUCAGAGACUAGUUCACAGCACAGUAGUCCAACCCCCGAGCCCCAAGUGGAAGGUGAUGAUCAAGAUGAAACUGACAAGCAGAAACUGGAAGAACUUGAAGCUGAACAGAAGAGAAAAGAUGAAGCAGCCUACCUAUCAGAAUUAGCCCAGCAGAAAAGAACCGAAGCUGCUCGACUCAAAUUAGAAGCAGAGGAAGCUGAAAGACAGUCAGAAGCCAUUGGAGGUGGGUGUAACCAGUCCGGACAAAAACUGCCUGCAAACCUGCCAACACAGCCAGAGAUAUGCGGUAAAGAAAAGGCUGCACUUUAUGUACAACACCUCGAACAAGUCCAGACACAGGGAGCCCAAUCUGAAAAUGCCAGUGAAGAAGAUUGGAUCGUUGGAUUUCGAAAGACACUGAAAGUUAAUGUUCGAUCAGUGGACCCUGGAAAAAUCCCCGUAAGAGCAGAUGUGCCUAUUUAUAAUGGCGAUCCAUUGAAGUGGUUGUCCUGGAGUGGUCUCUUCAAAGCGCUUGUACACAAUACGAAGAUGACCUCGGAAGCCAAGAUGGGAUUCCUUCACACAAAGCUUUCUAAAGAAUGUGACCAAGUGAUUGCAGGUCUAUUCCCAGACGACGAAGGAUAUGCCGAAGCCCUAAUGCUAUUACGGGAUAGAUAUGGUCAUCCAACUACGCUACAAGCAGCUCAUCUACAAGUAUUGAAAUCGCUACCUGCUGUCGAUCCUGGAGACCCAGACAGUUUAGCAAUUAGUUUCCAGACCUUCGUUGAUCAAGCGAGAAGUCACCUUGCUGUACUAAAACGAUAUAGUAUGGGAGAAUCUCCAUUUGUGUCGUCUCUUAUUUAUGAACUGACUGAUAAGUUACCACAGGAGGAUGCAAAGGCCUGGCGGACAAAAGUUGGUGAAGGUCAAGUGAAGAUGACGCUAGAAGCAUUCAGCACAUGGUUGGGAGCAAGAGGAAGGUGUUACUGGAGUGCGUUGCCCCCACAAAAUACUCGAAGAAAAGAAAAUCGUAACAACCGAAAUCGUCCCAGAAGAUCUUUAUUUGGCCAGCAUAUUGCCAAAUGCGUGAAAUGUGAUGGCAAGCAUAGGACGGAGAACUGUACAAAGUUCAAAGAGUUGUCAACGGAAGACCGUUUCAACUUUGUGAAAGAGAAACGGCUCUGUUUUGGUUGCUUAGAAGAAUCUCAUAUUUCUCGAAAUUGUCCACAGAAAAAGGAAUGCGGCAUCGGGAACUGCAAAAGGAAACAUCACCCGUUAUUACACCAAGAAGAGAAUGUGCGUUCAACCACCACCAAGACACCACAGUCCGGUGUAGCGUUUGGAGUUGUUGAAGUUUCCGUCGUUGGUGCUGGCGGCAUUCAAGUGAAAGGAAACCUUUUGUUUGAUGAUGGUUCUGACACUACGCUGGUAACAGAAUCUUUUGUGCGAAAGCUGGGAUUGCGGGGAAAGAAGAGCACGCUCAACAUUUCGGGUGUUGGAGGAAAAGAAAGCAAAAGAACGUCUUCUCAAGUGAACCUCCAUGUUAAAACACCACAAGGCAAUGCUGAAUAUGUUAAUCUCACAGCCUGGAGCCUUCCAAAGAUCUGUCAGCCAGUUGGAACUGUUCAAUGGCCUGAUAUCAAAAGAAAGUGGAAGCACCUGGAAAAUGUUAACCUGAAAGCUGUUGGUG